UUUUGAAGAUGCCUUUGAAAACAUCCCAGUGGCAUCCAAGAUGGAUCUCAAGUGUGCUCUGGAAGAAUGUUCAAUGGCACUGAACUUAUUUCUGAACAAUAAGUUCUCUGAAGCCCUGGAACUACUUCGUCCAUGGUCUAAAGAUAGCAUGUACCAUGCCCUUGGGUACAGCACUAUUUUAGUUAUGCAAGCUGCUAUGACCUUUGAACAGCAGGAUAUACAAAUGGGAAUUUCUACAAUGAAGGAAGCUUUGCAAACCUGCCAAAGAUUCAGGAAAAGAAGCACGGUGGUGGAAUCCUUGUCCAAUCUAGUAUCUAAACAGUCAGUGGAUCAGUUGAGUGAAGAGGAAAUGCAUGCUGAAAUCUGCUAUGCUGAAUGCUUGCUACAGAAAGCAGCUCUCACCUUCGUACAGGAUGAAAACAUGAUCAACUUUAUCAAAGGUGGCCUCAAAAUUAGGACAAGUUACCAAAUAUACAAAGAAUGUCAUCAAGUGCUACAGAUGACUCAGGGGAGCAAAAGCAAAAAUGAAACUUACCACCAGUUUGAAGGAGGAGUAAAUCUUGGAAUCGGAGCAUUCAACUUGAUGCUGUCGCUUUUACCAGGAAGGAUCCUCCGACUUUUAGAAUUUAUUGGAUUUUCUGGCAAUAGGGAGUUGGGCCUCUGUCAACUACGGGAAGGCGCAUCUGGCAGCAGUUUGAGGGCCAUUCUGUGUACUUUCACCCUGUUGGUUUAUCAUACUUACGUCUCCUUAAUCCUUGGUACAGGAGAAGCCAACCUUCAGGAAGCAGACAGUCUCCUUGAACCCUACCUCCAGAAAUUUCCAAAUGGUUCCAUUAUUCUAUUUUAUGCUGCCAGAAUAGAUAUACUGAAAGGAAAUUUUGAAAAGGCGCAGUUGAGGUUCCAAGAAUGCAUAGCAGCCCAGCAAGAGUGGAAACAGAUUCAUCAUCUCUGUUACUGGGAACUGAUGUGGUGCUACACUUUCCAGCAGAACUGGCUUCAAGCAUAUCGGUAUGCAGACCUGCUCAGCAAAGAGAGCAGGUGGUCUAAGGCAAUAUAUGUAUUCCAGAAGGCAGCAAUUCUAUGUAUGCUUUCAGAGGAUGAUUUGAAAAGGACUGAUGAGGACAUUGUAUCUUUAUUCAGACAAGUGGAUGGUCUAAAACAGAGAAUUGCAGGAAAAUCUAUCCCAACUGAGAAGUUUGCAGUAAGGAAAGCACGACGCUAUGCAAGUUCUCAACCAGUGAAGCUGAUAUUACCCGCCUUGGAAAUGAUGUAUGUCUGGAAUGGCUUUGCAAUUGUGGGCCAAAGAGCAGACCUCACUGAAAAUUUACUGGUAACAAUUGAAAAAGAAGAAACUGCAUUACAAAAUGAAACUAAUCACAGUGAAUACUAUAUGGAUGAUGUGUGCAUGUUGCAGUUACUGAAGGGCCUCUGCCUGAAACACUUGGGAAGACUCAUGCAAGCUGAACUGUGUUUCAGUAAAGUAAUUCAAAGUGAGAAGCAAAUAAAAUAUGAUAGUUAUUUGGUGCCCUUCACCCUGUAUGAGUUGGGCCUCCUAUACAAACAACAGGAUGAGAGAGAAAAAGCAAUAAGAUACAUAGAAACUGCAAAAAACAACUACAAAGACUACUCUAUGGAGUCCAGGUUGCACUUCAGAAUUCAUGCAGCACUUGACAGCUUGAAGGUGUCACCCACUUCAACACCUUGAAUGAGGAGGGAUGUUUUUCAUGCAUACAAUAGCCUACACAAUCUUUUUGCAAUCUUUUUUUAAUCAUGGAAAA